GCAAAAUUUAAAAAUUGGCAACAAAACUUUUUGGUCUUAAAUCAAAUUCAAAAUAAAAUAAAUCAACAAAAAAAGCGAUUUUUGGCAAAGCUGCGUACAACAACAACAACAUCAAAUAAUAUACAACAACUUUAAAUUAUCUCAAAACGUCCACACGUGAAAAUGUUUUGCAACUAAGAUGAAAAUCUAAAUCAAUGUAAAUUUAAAAAUCAACAAAAGUAAAACCAAAACCGUCAGCAAAAAAAAAACCAGCCCAAAGUCAGUUGAAAAACCGAGGGAAAUCUUUUUAGAACAAACGCAAGAAACAGCAAAAAUUUAAGCCACCAAAUUGGUAAACUCUUCAAAAUUAUUGGUUCGGACAUACGCAAUACUAAACACAGCAACACAACAACAACAACAACAGCAGCCAUAGCAACUACUACAGUGAUCACUACAGUAAAAGCAACAGCAGAUAAAACGUGUGUGUUAGUUUGCAUAAAAAUUUCGUUUCGAUAAAAAAGCAACGCAAAAAUAUUUAACAAAAAGUAAUCGUAAUACAUGUAUUUAUAAAAUAUAUAUAUAUAUAUACCUAUACAUAUAUCUAUGCUUACAAAUUAUAUCGGAGAAUAUUUGGUAAACAAUUUUUGAUAAAAACAAAUCGAGUAAAAUACUAAAUAAUUAGCAACAAAACUGAAAAUCAAAUAAAAAAAACUAAAACGUUUUGGACGAAGUGCAAAAAGUGCAAGUGAGAUAAAAUAAUACAAAAAAAAAACUUAUAAAUUCAAAAUUACCACUUGUGAAAAGGUUUACAACUGAAGAUUCUGGAUUUGGAUUAAUGCGAAAAUUUGCAAUUGAAUAUUAAGCAUUUGGCGUGUUCGGAUUCGAAUUCAGUUUUGAGAUUCGGUGCUCUCACAGUUUCUGGUUAAAUUUCUAUGCCAACGCCAAUAAAUCAGUUAUCAGCAACGAUAGAAGUGGAAGUGAUUAGAAAACCGGAACCAUUCGCAACAAAAUCGGCGAACGACACGAGAACGACACACAAGAAAUUAACUAAACAAUUGCAAAAUUCCCUUUGGCUAAGGAUUUGCAGCGGCCGAAUUGCUUUUAUGCUCUGCUGGCAGCUACAAAAUUCCACGAAAUUCCAUUUUGGCAACACGAAAACAAACAAAUCAAUUCGCAGCACAACUGAAAACGAACAUCAGCAGCAGCAUCAGAAACAUCAACAUCAACAUCGAUACGCAAAAAUCAUUGGCAAAAAUCGUAAACAACGUCGUCGUCGUUGUCGCCGUUCUGGCGCCGUACAAACAAUUGGGUUCCUGAAAGUUAAGAACACCGAUAUAGCUAACGAUACGGCCACGGAUCGGGACAAACGUGGUAUAGAUAUAGGCGCAGCGACGGAGGACGCAAAACUGCUGGCAAAAUGGAUCCACAGCAGCAGUUCUGCCUCAAGUGGAACAGUUAUUCGUCUAACUUGGCAAUAACAUUCUCCAAUCUGUUCAAAUCGGAUCUGCUGGCCGAUGUCACAUUAUCCUGCGAUGGCGCAGUAUUCAAAGCACACAAACUUAUAUUGGCGGCCUGUUCGAAGAAGUUCGCCGAUCUGUUCGAGAACACGCCCACAAAUGGCCAAUGCGUCAUCAUACUGGAGGCGACCACGCCGGAUAACAUGGCCGCUCUCCUGGAGUUCAUGUACAAGGGCGAGGUCCACGUCUCCCAGGAGGCACUCAACAGUUUCCUCAAGUCCGCCGAAAGCUUGCAGGUCAAAGGUCUGUCCACGGAAACGGGACGUCUGGCGGCACAACAGGCACAACAACACAUGGGCGACCUUUCGCCGCUGGACUCGCCGACGGGCAGGCGGAGCAUAAGAAACAGUCUGAGCGGCGGCAACAGCAGCAUCGUUCCCGGAGGAGUGGGAAUCGGUCUGGGUGGAGGCGUGUCGGGAGCGAACUCCAUGACGGGCAUGGGCAUCGGCAACGGAUUGAGCUUGGCCGGCAUGGCCGCUGCCGGAGGAAUGGCGGCGGCUGCCAAUGCGGCGGCCAGCAGUCUGAGUACCCUGGCGGCCAGUGCGAAUAUCGUGGAUAGAUGCGGCAGUGCCGGUGGCAAUAUCAUCGGCGGAACGGCGGCCGGCAUUGGUGGCUCUCACAGCGGUGGAGGUGGAGCGGGAAAUAACGGAGGAGGAGGAGGAGGUGGUGGACUGGGAGGCAAUGGUGUGGGCAGUGGUGGUGGCGGCGGCGGAAAUAACGGACCCAUUAGCAUGGGAAGCGGCGCUGGCGCUGCUCACCAUCUGGGCGGAUCCACCGGCAUCCUGAAGCAGGAGUGCGACUCAAUGAUGCAUCCGGGCGGCAGCAGUUCCUCAUCCGGAAUGGGCUACACCCAUGUGCCGCCCAUCUACCGACCCAUCAACUACGAACCUCCGCGCAAGAGGGCCAUUGUCCGUAGCCCAUACUCCGAGCAGGAGCAGCGCGGUUCCGUGCUGCGAGAUGGCUCCAAGUCCUCCGAGUGUCCCAGCCCCAUCAACAAGCCACCGUACCACCGACCCUCGUCCAGCGCCUCCUCCACGGCGCCCACCGAGGCAGACACCAUGCACUCCGAACGAGCAUCGCCACAGUCCAGUCGCUACGAGAACCACAGUCCCAGCACCACAGCGGGAAAUGGUAAUGCCAACAGUGGCCUGGAUCGCAUAGUAAAAUCGGAGCGCAAUAAUGGCAGUGCAAAUGAGGCUAAUGAUGACGACCGCGAGCUUAUGGAUGAGUCCACAGAUAACGGAGCCGAGGACCUGCGCGUGAAGCUGGAGAACUUGAAGUACUCACCGCCACCGCCGCCGAACUCGAACACCUCGUCGACCACACCGAACGCCCUGCUGGAGAACCUCAAGGCGGACGGAACGCUGUCCAGCAAUUUGGCUGCCUCCAUAGCGCCGGCGGACAUGUUGAACGUAUGGAACGCGACCAAGAUGAACAACAAGAACAGCGUGAACACGGCCGAUGGCAAGAAGUUGAAGUGUCUGUACUGCGAUCGAUUGUACGGCUAUGAGACGAACCUGCGUGCUCACAUCCGGCAGCGUCAUCAGGGCAUUCGAGUGCCGUGUCCCUUCUGCGAGAGGACCUUUACGCGGAACAACACGGUGCGACGUCACAUUGCCCGGGAGCAUAAGCAGGAAAUUGGAUUGGCGGCGGGGGCAACUAUUGCUCCUGCCCACCUGGCAGCAGCUGCCUCUGCAGCAGCGGCGGCAACAGCAGCGGCCAGCAAUCAUUCACCAUAGGAAGCAGCCGCAACAGCAGCGGCAUCAGUAGUCAUGAACGCCCACAAGGAGGCGGCAAAGCAGCGCAAACGUAAAUCACUCAAGAUGGCACUCGAGAAGUGCAUGCAGCGACGGGAUGCAAUGGUGGCGGAGACGACCAGUAGCACCACCACGACGACGGGGGCAGGAGGAGGAGUAGGAGAUGGGGCAGAGGCAGGGGAAACGGGAGAUGGGGCAGGAUCGGAUGAAGGAGCCGCCGGUUCAGAGGGCACUGAACCGCCGCUCACCUACGAGCAGCAGCAGCAGCGAAUGCAUCACGAGCUGACGCAGCAAAUCCGAGCUGCCAUGGCGGCGGAACAGGCGGCCGAGGCCAUGGAUUCGACCAUGAACACCACGGUUAAUACCACCACAACGACGGCCACCACCACGACGAACACCACUGGGACCACCAGUGAUGGUUGCAGUGAUGCGGAGGCCAGUGAUGGUAGCGAUCGACCCAUGGAAGUGGACGAAGAUCAGCCGCCGGAACCGCAACCGGGAUCCGAACUUGUGGUGGUGGAGCCCAAGAUCGAGGUGCUGUCGGAGUCCGAGGACGACGAGGAGGAUCGUCUGCACAUGUCCGAAGCGGAACCGGAUAUCCAGGCCGAAGCCAUUUACGAUCACAUGCCCAAUACUCCCACCAGCCCACCACACAUCAUACCGCCCAACGAGACGCCCACUCUGACCUCAACGCCCAAGGUCAAUGUGGAGCAAUAGGAUGAGGAGAAACGAGAUGCCCCCCUCAGAGGAUGCCCCCCAAAGAAGCUGCUUAGAUUUAGGCUAAGAAUCGAUGAAGAUGAUAGAGUGAAAGAUGAGUGAUUUACAAAAAACGAUUUACGCGCGCAAAGAAGAUGAUAUAUGACUACUGGUGCAACUGCUGUUGCCCUCGGAGACCACCUACCAAGAUAUAACAAAAAAAGAAAACAAGUCCCUAAAACGGGCAAAUUGAUUACUAUAAUAACUGAAAGCAAAGAAUUACUAAUAUGAUAAGAUUUACCACACAAAAACACCAAACACACACAUAAAACAAACAAUCAGACAGGACAGACGAACACACACGAACAGAAGGCAGAAUUUGAAGACCAACUUUUUGCAGAUUUUUCAUUACAAAUUUGUGUUUAAAGCCACACCACCAACAAUAACAAUGAUAAUACAAAGUUAAUGCAGCAAAAAACACAAGACAAAUGCAACAAAAUCCAAAAACCAAUAUAUAUGGCAGCAAACAGAACAUUGAAAUAAAUGCAAUCCGGCUGAAAAAUCGUUUUCAGGGUGCUAAUCAAACAAAAAAACACUCGCAACAAUGCAACAAUGAAAAACAAAUUAAAAACUAAAACUAAAUGAAAUAGUAAAAUGCAAAAAGUUUGAACGUUUUUGAUUGGUACCGCCAAAAAGUGUAGCAAGCAUAUUACAAAAAACAAAACGUUGAGAAUUUGUUUAUUCGUGUGUGUUGAAGGGAGGAGAUCGAUUAGAUCGAUUAGAUUAUUGUCGCAUAUAUUUUUGAUUUCCUAUAGAAACGUCACAAAAACUGCAAGUUGCCUCAAAUCAAACGAAACGAUAAUGCUAAAACAAAAAACAAAAAACUGAAUUUAAUGAAACGUGAAAAACUAUUAAUUAAACACUGCAAAACAAAUAGCUGCAACAAACAAACUACAAAGCAACAAUAGCAACAACAAAACCGCAACCACAAGUACCUGCAAUAAUAAAAUAGUAUAAACAAAAGAAACAAAAUACAGAAUAGAAGAGAAACGCUGAGUAAAAACCUAGGGAGGAGCCAGGAUUCGAGGGUCCUUGAGCAUCCCACUCGGUUAAGAUGGGUCCUCACUUCCCCAAACGACUGCCCAUUUGUCCAAGUUUUUUGUAAAUAAUUUUAUUAAAUUAAUAAUACGAAAAGGCAAUUUGGGCUAGGAGUAGGGCCAAGUGAUGUGACCCCUUUUCCACGGGGUACGACCAAGGAUUCCAGGGGAUCUGUGCUCGAGAACAGAAAAAGAUUUGCUUUAAAAACGAGUAACAUUUUUGUUUUGUGAUUUUUCAUAUUGUUUUAUGAUUUAUUCAUUCAAGUUUAGGCCUCAAAAUUUCAUACAACUGCUUUUCGGCUACAAAAAAUACAAAAUUCAAAUUCAAUUCCAAAUUCAGAAGUUUCUAAAGAAGUAAAAAAAAAAAACAAUUGGUAAAUUGGGUGCCUAUAAGAAAUAUAUAAUUAAAUGACUACUAGUAAAAUUUUAUAAACAAAGAAAAAAUAUAUUUAACGAUGAGAGAGAAAAGCAAAUAGCAAAGAAAACGUAAAGUAAAUAUAAUUAUUUUUUAAUUGAAUAAUUCUAGCCAAGUGUGAAACAUGUUAAUUAACAAACGAAAAUAUUAAGCAAAAACCACUCAAAAACGUUCUCAAAAACUUGAUGGCAACAACAAAAACAACAAACAAACAGCAAUAAUUACAGCAAGAAAACGAAAUUCAAAAUCAAACUUUUGGCACACCUUUGGAAAACAUUUUUCGUACAACAGAAAAUUCCCCAAAAAAUCCAACCAACAAAAAUUCAAAAUUCCUUUUUUCGGCUCUUAUAAUUUCGAUGGCUACAAGGGAAAAAUUCCCACGAUAAAAACAGAAUCCACAAAAAAGAAUAAGCUGUAAAAUACUAAACAAAAAAGAAACAAUUUUGUUGUAAGCGAAAGAGAAGAAAACUAGAAUGGAAAUCUAAGAGAAAUGCAAUUGAAAAUAUUGAGAAAGUCCGCCAGCAUGUGAAGGGAGGACCAAGGCAAUCAAAAGUCUUGAAUUGUAAAUACAUUUAUUAUUACCGCAUAUAUAUCCAUAGCAUAUAUAUGUGUGGCCUCAGUUGUAUAAUGAUAAAACCUAGAUCUAAUAUAUAUAUAUAUAUAUGUAUACCUGUGUAAACAUAAACUACUAAGCGCAUAUGUAGGAACACAUUAGGCUCGCCAACAGAGAGAAAGAAGGGUUUUAUUUUAAACUUAUUGAAACUGUCUUAAUUUCUACGUUUUCCGUGUUAGCAAGGCAAUAGAAAGGAAGAGAUCCAAUGAUAGCUACACAAAGGGUGAUCCAGAAUCCAUAGAACCGUAAAAUAGCCAAAAAGUUGAAUAUUAAACUAAUUUUAUUAACUGUUGAACCACAA